CUUUUGAUGUCCUAUAAAUACUAAACUGAUCUCCAAACAAAUUCCAUAUCACAUUCUCAACAAUGGGUUCCAAAAUGCUGCAAAUUGUUUGGGGAGUUGUGGUGGUGUUGGGAGUGGUUAGUAGUUUAGGAGGAGUUGAGUGCAGAAAAAAAAGUACGAGGGUUGAAGAGUCAUUGGAGUACUCAGCUAUAAGCUGCAGAGCUCACAGUGCAUCGAUAUCAGAUUUCGGUGGAGUUGGAGAUGGAAAGACUUCAAACACAAAGGCUUUUAGGGAUGCCAUCAAUCAGUUGAGCCAGUAUGGAUCAGACGGUGGUGCUCAGCUGUUCGUUCCUGCCGGAAAAUGGCUCACGGGGAGCUUCAACCUCACUAGCCAUUUCACUCUCUACCUCCACAAAGAUGCUGUUCUUCUGGCUUCCCAGGACAUAGGGGAGUGGGCUGUUAUUAAUCCAUUGCCAUCCUACGGCCGAGGAAGGGAUGCCAAUGGAGGAAGGUACAUCAGUCUCAUCUUUGGAACAAACCUAACUGACGUUGUUAUUACAGGAGACAACGGGACGAUAGACGGGCAGGGUGCAUUCUGGUGGCAGCAAUUCCACGGUAAAAAACUGAAGUACACCCGGCCGUAUCUGAUUGAAAUCAUGCACUCUGACACUAUUCAGAUCUCAAAUCUAACGCUUGUGAACUCCCCAUCAUGGAAUGUUCAUCCUGUUUACAGCAGCAACAUUCUUGUGCAAAGCAUUACAAUCCUAGCUCCAAUAACGUCUCCAAACACUGAUGGAAUCAAUCCAGAUUCAUGCACAAAUACAAAAAUUGAGGACUGUUACAUUGUCUCUGGAGAUGAUUGUGUGGCUGUUAAAAGUGGUUGGGAUGAGUAUGGCAUAGCAUAUGGCAUGCCAACCAAACAGUUGAUGAUCAGACGGCUCACAUGCAUUUCACCAUACAGCGCCGCGAUCGCGUUGGGAAGUGAGAUGUCAGGUGGGAUCCAAGAUGUCCGGGCUGAAGAAAUCGUAGCCAUUCAUACAGAAUCAGGGGUCAGGAUCAAGACAGCCGUGGGACGAGGAGGGUACGUGAAGGACAUAUACGUUAGAGGUAUGAGCUUGCAAACCAUGAAAUGGGUAUUCUGGAUGACUGGCAACUAUGGAUCACACCCGGACACCCAUUACGACCCCAAGGCAAUACCGGUGAUUGAAGGGAUCAAUUACAGGGAUGUGGUGGCGGAGAAUGUGACAAUGGCAGCCCGGUUGGAGGGAAUUGCCGGUAAUCCAUUUACCGGCAUCUGCAUUUCCAAUGUGACAAUUGGGAUGGCAAAGAAAGCGAAGAAGGUGCCCUGGACAUGCACUGAUGUUGCCGGGAUCACAAGUGGCGUGGCACCUCCACCGUGUGAUAUGUUGCACGAUCAAGGUCCCGAGAAAAUUAGAAUGUGUGAUUUUCCAGCUGAUAAUCUACCAAUUGAUACCAAGGAGGUUAAGAGAUGUUCAUAUAGGAUGAAUUACUCGUCUUGAAAUUCCGUCAAUUAGGACUAGCUAUGAAUUCUGAGUUAAGAGCCUGUGUAGUAGCUUGUAGAUUAUGCUUCAACUCUGUUUCUCAGAUGAUGCUGUGUUAGACAUGUACUAAAGCCGUACAAUAUUGUUGCCCUAGGAAGAUCAUAAAAUUCUGAAUAGUGCAGCAGCAGUUCACAUAUAA